GUCAUGUUACGUUCGCUGAAUUCGGAUUGGCUGUUUACUUAAAAUCUGAUACGAUUCAUACGGAAUAUAGGCGAGUAGAAAAACAAGAUUGCUAGAAGUGUUUGUCAACGUUAAAACAUAAUCGUCUUCUUCCAUUAAAAUAUGCCAGGGGUUACAGAAAUGUCAUUGGAUCAUAUGUUUUGUUCCCGGUGCAGAGAAGGUUUUGUUGCGCAUGAAAAAAUUGUUAAUUCAAAUGGUGAAUUGUGGCAUCCGGAGUGUUUUGUGUGCGCCCAAUGUUUCCGGCCAUUUCCAGAUGGAAUCUUCUAUGAAUUUGAAGGAUACAAAUAUUGCGAGCAUGACUUUCAUGUUCUGUUUGCACCAUGUUGUGGCAAGUGUGGCGAGUUUGUUAUUGGCCGCGUGAUUAAAGCGAUGAAUUCAAACUGGCACCCACAGUGUUUCCGCUGUGAAGAAUGUAAUGGUGAAUUGGCGGAUGCGGGCUUCAUCAAGUGUCAGGGCAGAGCCUUAUGCCAUACAUGCAACGCUAAUGUGAAAGCUGGUGUGCUUGGAAAACAUAUAUGUCAUCAAUGCCACGGAGUAAUUGAUGACAAACCUUUACGAUUCCGCGGUGAACUUUAUCACCCUUAUCAUUUCAAUUGCACAACUUGUGGAAUAGAACUCAAUUCCGAAGCCAGAGAAGUCCGUUCUCGACCUGGCUAUGCUGCCAAUGAAAUGAACGAGCUUUAUUGUUUGCGGUGUCACGAUAAAAUGGGAAUUCCGAUUUGUGGUGCUUGCCGGCGUCCUAUUGAAGAACGUGUGGUAACGGCACUUGGAAAACAUUGGCAUGUGGAGCAUUUCGUAUGUGCUAAAUGCGAAAAACCCUUCCUAGGUCAUCGCCAUUACGAGAAAAAAGGUCUUGCUUAUUGCGAGACUCAUUAUCAUCAAUUGUUUGGGAAUCUCUGCUUCGUUUGUAAUCAGGUUAUCUCUGGAGAUGUUUUCACAGCAUUGAAUAAGGCAUGGUGCGUUCAUCACUUUGCAUGUGCAUUCUGCGACCAAAAGAUGAAUCAGAAGACGAAGUUCUUCGAGUUUGAUCUAAAACCUGCGUGCAAGAAGUGCUACGAUAAGUUUCCGCAAGAAUUGAAAAAGCGGAUGCGACGUAUGUACGAUCUGAAUCCUAAGAGGGUUCCAUCAGCAUAAACGCAGAUCUGAGCUUCGGCUCUUCUGUGUGAAUCUCUUAAGAUUUAAUCAAUACUCAUUCACGCUUGUAGUGCCUUACUUUUCUUAAUAUUGAUAUAAAAAAGUGCAUUUAACUAUAUAUCGUAUUGCAAACUACAUAGAACAAAAUUAUUUAUUUAUUAGUAGCAAUAAUUUUGACAUAAUUGCCACAUAUA